AUGAUCGGGAUAAAGAAAUAUGUGCUCUAUCUCCUUAUCGACAAAGUCGACUCCUUCGGUGCUGGCGGUCUUCAUGACCGCGCCUCCGUCAACUUCUUCGGCGGUCAUGUCGCUGGUUCUGAGCCCCUCACCGGCUCGCUUCGCCACUGCGGCCCCUACGUUGAGCAUGACAAGCAUCAUGGGCGUUGCCUCUCGCGCUUCCUCCCAGUCCUUCAAAACCUGCUCCACCCAUCCUCCAUGUCCACCCUUUACCUCGGCUACGUCGAGGUGGUCUUCCUCAGCUUCCGCCCAACUUACAUGAUGGUUCGAAAGGCCGCAUGCGCCUGCGCCGCCUCACGUUAA